AUUCAUUUCAAGCAAGCGCGACUAAACCCCAGCAGACAUCUUCCCAAGCACGACGCAGCAACGAUGUCCGCCCUCGUGCAGACAGCGAGAGAUACUCUCCAAUAUGCCUACGGAUACUCACAAGGUCGCUACGCAUCGUUCGGCCUCUCGACGAUCGUCGCGAAAGCUUCCAAUUUGGUCUCGAUCCCACUGCCGUUAUUGUCACUUUUCGCUGUGCCACUCUUCGGCGGCUCGACCACGCGCAUGAGCUUGGUGGCCUUCUACCUCACCUGGUCUGCUCUCCUACUCAGUCACGAUCCGCUGAAACUAGAGUUGUACGGAACGCUGGCAAUUCGACUGAUCUUCUUUGUCCUACCGGCUCUCUUGUUUCUAGCAUUCGACUGCUCAUUCCCACAAUUGAGCAAGAAUAUCAAAUCAAGAGGACGGCGAGCUUUACCAGGCCAAUUGGGUCGGAAUCGGGUGCUUGAGAUCGUUGGCGUUGCGAUUGGAAACGUACUCUUGGCAGUCUUCUUCCAGGCCGCACUCGAGUUGCUCUGGGUCAGGGUCUUCCGCUUCCGGAGUCUGCUGAAAGGCGUUUCGAAGGUCCCGACCGUACCGCUGCCAUGGAGCGUCGCUAUCAACCUGAUUCAAGGCUUCGUCAUUCGCGGCGCGGCUCAUUAUGCUGUUCAUCGGUAUCUGCUACAUGCGUACCGUUCGAUCUUCAAGACGUGGCAUCUCCGCUGGCAACAUAGCGUGGCCCUUCCAUUCAGCAUCGUUGCUGCGUAUGACCAUCCCGCGGUCUACCUCGUGAGCGUGUGGCUCCCAACGAUACUUCCAGCCUACCUGUUCAGAUGGCACGUCCUGACUUGGCAAUUGUUCCUCGUUCUCACCAGCCUCGAGGAGUUGUUCAUCUUCUCCGGUUAUAACGUCCUUCCCUCAGCUAUCAUGUUGACCGGAAUGGCACGUCGCAUAGAAGCGCAUUUCGACUCUG